AUGAUUCUGGAGAAUACAACAAAACCUGAUGUAGCAACCAAUCAAUACUAUCUUGAGCAUACAGAUUUGCCACAGAAUGCAACUUUGGAAAAUCAAGAUAGAUUGCUAUCAAUUAUGGGCCUGGCAUAUCAAUACUCUCUUUUUCAAGAUCGACAUUGGCGCUUAUUCCUCCAAAAGUCAAUUUCCAUUGGAUCCAUUGACGCCAUCAAUUAUAUCUUUAAGAUUCAUUCCACCAGUACCUUGAAACUACAGAGUUUAGAUUGGCUUGCAGCUGUUGGAGGUGGCGUAAAGAUGAUACAAUAUUUAAUGGUAGAUUUAAAACAACAACCGUCAUUCGAUCAUCAAAUAUUUACUUCUGUUAUACGAUUCGAUGAUUUGGAAUGCUUUAAAUUGUUGCUACAGAUUGGUAGCUCAAUUAAUGUUCACUUUGGGGAAACAGGAAUAGGUAAUGCAAUAACUAUUGGUGCAUCAAAAAUUGUGAAUUUUAUACUCGAUAAUUGGAGUGAUUUCAGAAUAGUAAACAAUAUCAUUGUCGAUAGUAUUCCACCAACAAUUCUAUCAGUAGAGUUACUUGAAAAGCUUCUUGCAAAUCCUAGGAUAGUAUGUAGAUUUCAUCAUGUAUUGGCCACCGCAAUACAGUCAGACAAUCAUUUGGUGACAAAUUAUCUUGUACAGUUGACCAACUUUCCAAAGUUGGCAAUGAAUUAUAAUGAAGCACUUAUGCAUGCAGUCCUAAAAAGCGACCUACAGCUUGUAAAGAAGAUUGUUGACAACCGUAAGGGCUAUAUCUUCUUUCUACCGGUUCUCAACAAAACCACAAAUUUAUCUCCAGAUUUCUAUUUGGAGUUUGUUAAGCUAUUGAUUGGUUCGAGGUGUCAAAUAGCAUUGGAUCAAAGAACUAUAUCAUCAUUUUUCAAUCAGAUCUACCCUGGCGAUCAUGGCGAUAACGAUAAACAAGUUCUGUCCGUAUAUCAUCAAGUAUUGCAAUUGCUCAUCGAUCAUGGUAUCUUGACUUCGGCCAAACCAUUGUUACUCUUUGCAGCCCUGAGAGAAAAUAUACCUUUAGAAACCAUUCAGCUGUUACUAAACAUUCCAGAUAGAAAUCAAUCAACCAAUGCGCUGGUUUAUAUUUGUAGAGAUAUAAAGAUACUUCAAUACAUUCAUGAAAUGCGUCCAGCUGUUCUCAAUAUUAAUGCUUUGUCACUGAAGGCUGCCUUUGAUUUCCGACAACCAGAGUUAAUAGACUAUCUAUUCGAUACAUUUGCAGAUAUUCCUCUGCAUGCCAAUGCUAACCAAAUCAUUGGUUCAGCAUUAGAAAACAACAAUAUUGAAACGAUUAAAGCUUACUUCAAACGUCUGACAAUCAAUAAAUCAAUUAAACUCAUUAAUAUACACAGACACAGCUACAAACCUGAAAUAAUGGAUUACAUACUCACCAGUGGACGUUUAGCUUUCAGUGGUGCCGAAUUUCUAUCGAACCAAAUUACUUUUAGAGAUGGUAAUAUUCAAACUUUCAAAUUAGUCAUCGAACAUCUCAAACGAAACAAAAGUGGUAAGCUAGAGGAACUUCAACCUUUCCUCAAAGCAGCACAACUGAACAACUACCAACAACUGGUGGAAUGCUAUGAGAAUCAACUGAUUCCAACCAUUGCAAUACCAGCAAUCUUUACGCAAUCGAUUUUAUUUGGAAAUAUCAACAUCAUAAAAUACUUUAGUACCAGACUACCAAAACAAAUAAAUUAA